AUGGCUAACAGUGUCAUAGACUACACCCUUAACAACCCCGACACGCUCACCAAGUACAAGACCGCCGCUCAGAUCUCUGAGAAGGUCUUGGCUGCUGUCGCCGAGCUCAUCGUUCCUGGCGAGAAGAUCGUUGCCAUCUGCGAGAAGGGUGACAAGCUCAUCGAGGAGGAGCUUGCCAAGGUCUACCGCGGAAAGAAGGUCAACAAGGGCUUCUCCCAUCCUACCACCGUCUCCCCAGCUUCCUUCGUGACGCCGUACACCCCGCUCACCACCGAUGAGGCCGAGGCCAACGCUGAGAUCAAGGAGGGCGAGCCCAUCAAGAUCCAGCUCGGUGCCCAGAUCGAUGGCUUUGGCUCCAUCGUCUGUGACACCGUCAUCGCAGCCAACAAGGACAAGUCCGGCGAGGAGAUCACUGGCCGCUCUGCCGACCUGAUCCUCGCCAACUACUACGCCAACGAGCUGCUCCUCCGGUUGAUGAUCCCACCCGGUCUGCUCGCUUCCGGCACCGACGAGGAGAAGGCCAAGGCCGCGUCUGCCAAGGCUCCCACCCAGCAGAAGAUUACUAGCUUGCUCGAGAAGGUUGUCAAGUCUUACGACUGCAACCUCGUCGAGAGCACCACCUCAUGGCUCUUUGAGCGCAACGAGAUCGAGGGCAAGAAGAAGAUUGUUCUUGCCCCCGCCGAGGGUACCAAGGGCGAUGGCGUUCCCGAGAUUGGCGAGGUUUGGGGUGUCGAGAUGGGCGUGAGCUUGGGCGCCGGCAAGAUCAAGACGUACGACCAGAGAACCACUCUGCACCGUCGCACCACCACCAACUACGGCCUCAAGCGCCCGACUUCCCGCAAAAUCCUCUCCGAGGUCCAGAAGAAGUUCGGCACCUUCCCCUUCAGCUUGCGGCAGCUUGAGGAUGAGCGCGACGCCAAGUCUGGUGUUGUCGAGUGUGUCCGCGGCAACGUCUUCCGCGCAUACGAGGUUGUUGGUGACAAGGACAACUCCCCCGUCGCCCGCUACCUCUCGACCAUUGCCAUCACCAAGAACGGCAUCACCAAGCUCGGUGCCCCCCCUGCUCUGGACCUCAACAAGGUUAAGUCGGACAAGAAGAUUGAGGACGAGGAGAUUCUUAAGAUCUUGGAGCAGCCCCUUUCCAGAAAUACCGGAAAGAGCAAGAACAAGAACAAGAAGAAGAAGAAGUCCGCGAAGAAGGCCGCCGCAGGAGGUGAUGAGGAAGAGGACAGCGACGAAGAGUAA